AUGUUUCAACAGAAUAUAUCAAUUCUAUUUUUUAUAAUAGUAAAUGUGUCGGCAUCACACAAAAAGUCAUUGAGGAUACUCUAUGGAGAUGAAUUUAAACCAGACGAGUUCCCGUAUGUUGUUACUCUGAAAUAUUAUACUAUAUACGUAUCGUGCACAGGCAGCAUACUCAACGAAAAUUGGGGUGUAACAGCCGGCCACUGCAGGCCGAACCCACAGAGGAAUAACACUAUUAGCAUCUGGCACAGCAGUUUUCGAUCGAUAGAUAUGUUUUCCAAAAUAUAUCCCAUAGUAGUCGAAUGGAAGGUACACCCAGCUUAUCGACUGUUUAACUUAGAUGAACAUCCAGACCUAAUAGUUGACAACGAUAUAAGCCUGUUCCGUAUUGAGCCAAGUCUCAAAUUGAGUAGAUACGCACGGCUCUCAUCUCUGGACCGAGGCAGUUUGGGCGGGCUGCCUGUCGUCUACAUUGGCGGUGGAAAAACCAAUAACACAUCUUCAAGAAGAGUAGAACAAUUUAAUAUGUAUACUUUAAAAAAAGGUGAAGGUGUCAUAGUUGCAUGCAACAAAUAUAUGACCACUAAAUCCAAACAUAUUCUGUGUAUAAGUCCAAAAUGUGAUGUUUAUUUGCAAAGCCCUUGGCAUGGGGACUCUGGCGGACCAUUGAUAUACAAUGAUCAGGUUGUUGGUGUAUGUUCAUUUGGGAGUAUUAAAGGGAGAAUCAUUCAAAAUGCUUUUGUUCCUAUUAGUCCAUAUAUAAAUUGGAUUUCUGAUGUAAUACAAAUUAAGGGAUAG